GUCAUUAUCCCUGUUUCACAGAUGAAAAAAUUUGAAGUACAAAGAGGUUAAAGAAUAUGCCCAAGGCCAAAAAGCUAAUAACUGGUUUAAAUCCUCGCAUUAGAGCCUGGGUGAUUUCCGGUACCCCUGGGAUGGCGUGAGUGCUCCCUCAGUGAUGGACCCAUCUGUGACACUGUGGCAGUUUCUGCUGCAGCUACUGAGAGAACAGGGGAAUGGCCACAUCAUCUCGUGGACCUCUCGGGAUGGUGGUGAGUUCAAGUUGGUGGAUGCUGAGGAGGUGGCCCGGCUGUGGGGGCUACGCAAGAACAAGACCAACAUGAAUUACGACAAGCUCAGCCGGGCUUUGCGGUACUACUAUGACAAGAAUAUCAUCCGCAAGGUGAGCGGCCAGAAGUUCGUCUACAAGUUUGUGUCCUACCCAGAGGUUGCAGGGUGCUCCACUGAGGAUUGCCCACCCCAGCCUGAGGUGUCUGUGACCUCGACCAUGGCAAUGACCCCUGCUGCUGUACAUGUGGCCCCUGGGGAUACUGCCACUGGAAAGCCAGGCGCACCCAAGAGUGCAGGAAUGGCAGGCCCAGGUGCUUUAGCACGCAGCAGCCGGAAUGAAUACAUGCGCUCGGGCCUCUAUUCCACCUUCACAAUCCAGUCCUUGCAGCCACAGCCACCCUCUAAUCCUCGGCCCGCCUCGAUGCUCCCCAACACUACUCCUGCAGGAGCAGCAGUGCCCCCUAGCGGGAGCAGAAGCACCAGUCCAAACCCCUUGGAGGCAGAGGAAGCUGGCCUGCCCCUACAGGUUAUCCUGACUCCACCUGGGGCCCCAAACCAGAAAUCAGAAGAGUUGAAUAUGGAGCCGGGUUUGGGCCGUCCACUGCCCCCCGAAGUGAAAGUGGAGGGGCCUAAGGAAGAGUUGGAAGCUGCCAGGGAGGCAGGGUUUGGUCCGGAGGCUGUUAAGGCUGAGCCGGAAAUCCCUCCCUCCGAAGGCCUGCUGGGACGGCUACCAGCAGUCCUUAUGGAGAAUACAGCACAGGUGGGUGGCCUUGCAGCCUCCAACACUGAGGUCACCCAGCCACAGAAGGGCCGCAAGCCCCGGGACCUGGAACUUCCACUUAGCCCAAGCUUGCUGGGUGGGCCAGGACCCGAACGGACUCCAGGAUCAGGAACAGGCUCUGGUCUACAGGCGCCUGGGCCAGCGCUGACACCAUCUCUGCUACCUGCGCACACACUGACCCCGGUGCUGCUGACACCCAGCUCGCUGCCUCCCAGCAUUCACUUCUGGAGCACCCUGAGCCCCAUUGCGCCCCGUAGCCCAGCCAAACUCUCCUUCCAGUUUCCGUCCAGUGGCAGCGCGCAGGUGCACAUUCCUUCCAUCAGCGUGGAUGGCCUUUCAACCCCCGUGGUGCUCUCCCCAGGGCCCCAGAAGCCAUGACUAUCACCACCACCACCCCCUUCUGGAGUCACUUCAUCCAUGCUCCUGAACUUCUCUCCAGCCAGCCAUCUCAAGGAGAAUCAUAGUUCAACUGACAGACUGAUAUUCUGGUUGUGGUGGGGUGGGGAUUCCUGGGAAAAAAGGAUCCCUCACUAAUUUGUCCACCAAAAACACACAACUUCUUUCUUCUUCGCCAGUCACCCAGUGGCCGCCCUUCCACGUCUCCUACCUCAGUGGUAGGGGCGGUUUAUUUAUUUAUUUUUUGAAGGCCACUGGGAAGAGUCUGGCCCAGCAUUUUUAGGAGGGUGGGUAAGACAUCUCCCGCAUCUCACCACAUUUUUUCCCCAAUACAAGACACUUGGGGUCUGGCUUGAGAAGAACCUUUCUUUAUUUAUUUCUCAGCCUGCCCUUGGGGAGUUGAGGAACCCCUGUCUCCAUUUUGGGGUGUGGGUAGAAGAGCUAGUUUUGUUUCAUUAUUCCUGGCAAUACCUAAAGGUCCAGGGAGAAUUUGUAUGGUUUUAUGGUUUGGGGUCCUGGCCAAGGAGGAAUCACACCGUUGGGACAGGAAUUUCUACCUCCCCUGCCUUUCUCUCAGUCAACUUGUCCUUUGACCAACUAACCUAUUGGCCAGGGAUGAAUUUGUUCUUCACCCCCCCCCCUAAGAAGCCAUUCCUUUGUCUGCCAAAUUUUCUGGGGUCUUGCCUGUUACCUCCCAAUGGAGGGUUUUUUGGGGGGUGGUCCCCGUCUGGGGGGCCCCUCCAGUCAGUACUCCAGGUCACCCAUCCCCUGCCAUUUUGAUAGUAUAAUCUAUUUUUAAAUGGGGCUUUUCAAUAGGGGAGAGGGAGGCAUCUCUUCCUACAUCUGAUA